AUGAAAAAAGCAAUAUGGGCAACAUUAGAACAUUUAUGCUCAAGCAAUGAAAAUCCGCGGCACGAUAAUUGUCCGGCUGGAGCCGACAGCUGGUGCCAGUGGCGGAAGUAUGAAGCGACAGGUAAAUUGGAAGAGUACGACCAUCCCCCUCCACUCCAUCCAGAUAUUGAGGAGCAUUUGAUUCCAAUAUAUACUGAUUUGUCCAAUGAAGACCUUUUAACGCGAUGUAUGGGUGGACAUACACAAAAUGCAAACGAAAGUUUCAACGCGACCGUCUGGCGACUAGCACCGAAGCAUUUGAACUCCGGCAAAAAUAUUAUUGAAAUCGCCGCCUUUAUUGCUGCCGGCAUUUUCAAUGAAGGAUAUUCAUCACUUUUGAAGAUGAUGAAUCAAUUAGAGAUCAACAUUGGACCAGAGUGCCGGAAUUUCGCUAAUAUGUACGACACGCAGCGCAUCUCGAGGCAGGAGCGACGUAGACUCAGCAGCACAAAGGAGGCUCGAGCAGCUCGUCGGCUGGCUCAAAUUACCACAAAUGAAUUUCAUGAGGAAGCUGAAGGACUACUGUAUGGUGCUGGUAUAGCAGAUUAGCCUUCGAGCUCUGUAAGUACUCAAUAACUAUUAGUUUUUUAAACCGAAAACUUUAAACGCGUUUUCCUCGAAAUGUGUUUUUCACAUUUUCUUGAAUUUUGUGUACACGAUUACAAAAAAACUAUUUGACCUAUCGACUUCGUUCAAAGUAUUUUAGUUAAAUAAUAGC